CGUGGUGCCCAUCUGUAGCGUCGCGUAAAGCUAAACGAAUGAAAUAAAAUUCCCUCCAGGAACUGGCGGGCUACUUAAGGAAACGGCCGGCGCUUCUUGGUCACUCAUCGCCCAGCCUUCCUUCCCCUAAGGCAGCAGCAGCUCCUGGAGUACCCUGCAGCCCUCUCUCACCCUCGUCGGACGGCCACCAUAACAGGGAAUAAGAUUACAAGAAACUAACUUAUUCUACCGCACCACGCCAACUCCUCUAGCUGAGCCCCGAGGAAGGCCGCGAUUCCUUUGUACAGACGCAGCAAGGCCCUGAAGCGUGACACCGCACCUCUUACGCCCGGAGGACAGCAAGCAUUUCUUACACCCUUGGGAAAGACUCAAGUCACUCCUAUACAGGAAAAUGAACCCAUACGUUAAUAAUUUCCUCGACGACGCUCCCGCUGCACACCCGACACUCAUCAACAACCCCCCCAAGCACAACACCGGCAGCCACUUCGGAGGUGCCGCGGCCCUGGACCCCUGGACCUCCCGUCACAACACUCCGCAGCUUCUCAUGAACCAUGAAAAUUUCCACCAACACAAUCCCGGCAGCCACUUCGGAGGUGCCGCGGCCCUGGACCCUUGCACCUCCCAUCCCAACACGCCGCAGAACCUCCAGAAGCAGCUGGACUACGUGAGUACCUGGGGGCUGGACACCAUCCGGCAGGUGGCCACGGACAUCUAUAACAAUCCAGACCUGGCGUUCUUUGACCUUCAAGACCGGAGCGUCUCCGGCCCCUCGGAAACUACACCUCCACCGGCGUGUGGAUGGAACGACGGCGAAUAUAACUACGAGGAAGAGACGGAUGUGUAUGGAAGCACAAACCACGCUUCCCCGCCUGCUGGGGGCGAAAGUUCUCGCCGCCGCAAGGUGAAGAUGCACGAAUGGCCGCCCCAGUCAGACCCAAAGCUGGAGAAGCGGCGGCUGCGGGCUCUGCGGGAGUUUUUGAAGCGCCGAAGAGAGCAUCAGGAGGAAGCGCAGCUCCAGAACGAAUAUGACGACAUUAUGCGGGAGGCAAGAGAACUGGCCCCCGAGGCAGAACGGCUACGACAACGAAUACAGAUGCUGGAGCUGUCCGCGGCUCAGCAAGGCCACGCCGGCGGCUGCUGAACAUCUGAGUGCUGACCUCGGUUACCUCGGAGCCAAAGAUUCCCGCCACCCUCCGCUGGCCGUCCUGAUACUGAAGUCAAUGUUUUGCCAGAGAAUAUGUGAAGCAGUGUAAUUGUGUAAUCGUCAUUAUUUAUUAACAUGUCUGGUGAAUGAAUGCAGUGUCUUGGUACCCUAGCAGCGGAGGCCUUUUACUUAGUGUGAUUUUAUCCCCGCAGAUGGCAGCAGCGGGGUUGUAGGGUUCUUAGAUGUACGAUAAUUAUGCCAAAAUACGAUAAUAAAAUCAGCUUUAGAAACGCACAUUUUUUC